AUGAACAUACCGAAAUGGCUCUCGUUUGGGCACCUCAAUGGAUUCUUCACUGGGCUCAAAGCUCUGGUGUCACCCAGAGAGUAUAGACCUGAAUAUCCUAUAUCAUCUGAAGAACGAGCAGAUUUCCCCUUCACCGUCACAUAUACCGGCUUACCUACUCCUACGCCAUACAACCCUUUCCCGGCAUAUGAUUCGGUGGACUACACGCUGCGGUACCAUGAAGUCGAAAAAUGCUUCCUGGAUAAAGAUGGCAAGGUCCCUGUCCCCUCGAUCUACGCUUACCCGGGUGUUGUACAAGGCCAACCCCGACAUAUCAUCGGUUCGUACGAAGUUUUGGGCUUCAGGGAUGAUGUCUGCUUUGAUAGAUUUGGAAGGUUUGGACCCUAUGGCUUAGGUUACACCAUAGAGGAGGGAGGUUUCGGAGCUGGCCUUGACACUGAGAACGAAGGAAGUGAGGUAGUAUGGGAAAGUACGGGCAAGAUUGACUACAGCGCAGUCGACUGGGGAGACGCACAAACUCGAUGUCAUCAAGCGAACCAGCACCGUUUCCACGACGCGAUCGAGCAUGGCGAGCAUCUACCAAGCUUUUCAAAUGAGCCGUCAGACCUACCACGCUCUCCACGGCCUUCAUCUUCCCAACUCACCGAAAGAGAAACACUACCACGAACAGCAAUUGUCAUUAGGGCAUAUACUGGAUACUUGUGGACGGCACAUGCAGUCCUCAACGUUCGCGCCAUGAUUUCAGAAGCAGCACUUAGCUCAGGGGCGGAGUAUUCAGUUCACAUAUUGCUUCACGUCCGAGAUGAUCACGAGCCCAUCUGGGCGGACCCAGAUACGGUGCAGGAGAUUUUAGAUCGGUUCGUGCCGCCAGAAUUCCAUGAUAUUUGUACGCUCUGGUCAGAGGCGCAGAUGCGUGUUAUCUAUCCGGUGCGGUUCGGUCCAAGUUUUCGUAACCCUAGCGGAACGGACAUCCAUGGGGAGCUGGAUAUGCGAUGGCUCGGACACUACUACGAGCUCUUUGACCGACUUGACCGCUGGUCGCGCCAGCAAACGAGGAUCGAAAUGUGGGAGCGCGCUGCGAAGUACUACAUCCCUGCCUACCAUGGGAGCUGGGUCAACUUUACUCGUCUCGUGCACAACGAAACAAUAAACAGCGGCCAGGUUCCUAUCUUUGGGUCUGUUGAAUUCCCUGGCCGCAUACCGACUCGUUCGGAGGCCCUUGGAAACACCUUUCUACCACCAUCUUGCGAACCUUCGGCCUUGCAGCCCGAUCCCGACCCCGUUCUCUCCCGUUGCGGCGUUGGCGAACCUGCAGAUCUCAUCACCUUAAAUCCCCUCUUCGACCCGGAUGCCUCCGGCUGGGUCUUUGAAGCCGAUGUGACUGGCUAUCCUCUUGACCUACCCAUACCUCCACGACGGACGUCCAUCGUGACAGCUUCGCGCCUUAGCCGCCGGCUGCUGUCUGUCAUGCACGAAGAAACCUUCCGGCAUGGCCAUGCCAUGUUCGUGGAGAUGUUUCCCGCCUCCGUAGCUUUGCAUCACGGGCUGAAGGCCGUGUAUGCGCCACAUCCAGUGUAUGUUGAUCGUGCGUGGGAUGUGGCGUCUGUGGAUCAGGCAUUUAAUGGUGGAAGGGGGAAGACCACAUCAGGGCCCGGGAGUCCGUUUGGACUGAGGAAUGAGCAUAAUCAUAAGGGGACGACAUGGUACUAUCAUAGCGAGUUUGCGGGGCUGUUGUGGAGGAGGUGGUUGGGGUACGCGCAAGUGGAUGGCAGGGUGUGGACGACCGAGGUCUAUGAAGAUGGUGAUGAUGGCGGUUUAGGAGGGAGCAGGAACCGUGGCGGCGGUGAGCUCCGUGGUGGAAUUGGGGAGGAGAGCAGGCCGGGGAGCACAGGGAGGAUGUGUUUGAGGAGUAUGUUGUUGCAUCCGAUCAAGUGGGAACAUCCGAAUGACCCGAUGUAA